AUGGCUCUGAUCCGACGACUCGCGCGGUGCGUUCCGACGGCCCCGUGGCCGCUGCCGGCCGCCGCUUCGCUCGGUCUGCUGUGCGCUCCAACGCGACAGCCGCUGGGGGUCCGCGCGCUGCACGCGUCUGCCCCACGUGGCAACGCGGGCCUCAUUGGCGGUCUGGGCGUCGCAGGUGCCGCGUUAAGUGCGAGGUACGCGCUCCAGCUCUACGACGCGUACAAGAGCCGGCCCAAGAGCGACAAGGGGCGGUCGUGGAAGUACCGGAACUUUUACGACGGGCCGUUUGAAGAGAAGAUGACGCGGCGCGAGGCGGCGCUCAUUUUGGGCGUGCGGGAGAGCGCGUCGACGGAGCGGAUCCGCAACGCGCAUCGGAAGCUGUUGAUUCUGAACCAUCCGGAUACGGGCGGCUCGACGUUCCUCGCGACAAAGAUUAAUCAGGCCAAGGAGAUGCUGCUCGGUGGGAGCAAGUAA